AUGUCGGGUCGUGAAGGUGUGCUUGGUGAGCCACCACUCAUAGAGACGCUUGAUGAGCCUCCCAUUGGAAAUGAAGCGUGCCCGCAGACAUCUGCCAACCCCGACGCCGUGGUCCUCGGUGGCAUCCCGCUCGACGACGAGACGCCCGCGCCGGGCGAACGGGCGAAGACGGGGACGCCCUCGGCGUCUUCAACGCACGGUCGCAACGUCAUGCAUGAGGAUAAGACGCCCUUCCUGAACUCGAACGAGCAGCUGUCGAGCGCGCCCAUGACGCAAACCAUGAGCGCGGAACGCGAAGAACUCACAAUGGAUCCUAUUUAUGCCUUCUACACCACAGGGGACUCCAUUUAUAGUUGUUGUUUUGCUGGGUGUUCGCACGGGGAUACGGUCGUCGCGCACGAUCUCUUACGAGAGUCGCCGGCUUCGUUCGACACACCCGCCGGGCAGGAAUUUCAGAAAACGAAUGACAUUACGUGUAUACGCGGAUGUUGGAAGCCCGCUCUCAAAAUAACUGCAUUUCCACUCGUUGCACAAAUAGUUCAUCAAGUGUAUCCUCUCACGGCAACGAGUUCACUGGCGUGCAUUAACUUUCACACUGCACUCUCUUGCCUUUCAAUUGCAAGCGUCGCCUACCUCGGCGGCUCGCAUCGCAAGCGAAUGAUCGAAGCACACGGCCUCCGUGAACCUCCUUGUAAUCUCGGGUGCUGUGCACUAUCGCCCCCGUUCAACCCGUACUGCUGCUGGUUCUGGUGUGUCCCUUGUGCGGCCGCUCAAGAACACAAAGCGAUGAAGCGCAUGCUUAGGCAUCGCGCCAUCGACGUAACGCACGAUCGACUGUAA